GGUCAAAGACUUGUAACGGAAGAACCCUCACAAAUCCUGAGUUGAAGAAAUUUCCCAAAGCAAAAGCUAAGAAAUCUUGGAUUUGAGAUCGAUCGAAUUCGAUCAUCAGUGAGAUGGGGAACACAGAUAAAUUGAUGAAUCAGAUCAUGGAGUUAAAGUUCACAUCGAAGAGUCUCCAGCGUCAGGCUAAGAAGUGCGAAAAAGAAGAGAAAAGUGAAAAGCUCAAAGUAAAGAAGGCGAUUGAGAAAGGAAACAUGGACGGUGCCCGGAUCUACGCCGAGAAUUCCAUCCGUAAACGCAGCGAGCAGAUGAAUUAUCUCCGCUUAGCUUCUCGCCUUGACGCGGUCGUCUCCAGGCUCGAUACUCAAGCGAAGAUGACCACCAUCAGUAAAUCCAUGGGAUCGAUCGUGAAAUCUCUUGAAUCGUCUCUAACCACCGGCAAUUUACAGAAGAUGUCAGAGACAAUGGACAGAUUCGAGCGUCAGUUCGUUAACAUGGAGGUCCAAGCCGAGUUCAUGGAGAGUUCUAUGGCUGGUAGCACUUCACUUUCCACACCUGAAGGAGAUGUCAACAGUCUUAUGCAACAAGUCGCCGAUGAUUAUGGCCUUGAAGUGUCAGUUGGGCUUCCACAGCCAGCUGCUCAUGCGGUGGCUGCUAAAUCUGAGGAGAAGGUUGAUGAAGAUGACUUGUCCAGACGCCUUGCUGAGCUCAAAGCCCGAGGCUGAUCAGUAUUUCAGUAUGAGAUAAUGAGUAUGACCCACAUACAUUUGAUGCCUUAUUCAAUCUGUGAAAUUGAUUACUUUCUCUGUUGUGUCUAAAAGAUAUAUUUGCAUCAUCUGUUUAUGGUUAUGUUUAAUUCAACUAUGGCCCUGAUUCAGAAGCUAGAUAUGUGAUUAUGGUUUUGGAAACAACAUUUGGAAUGGUUUCUCACCUGGGUGUGUUGUGGAAUGUGGAUAUAUGUGUUCUUGCUCUUCUUCGA